CAACAAUUGUUCCUUGGAAUCUGGAAAGGGUGAGGUUUUUUAACUAGUUUUUCAACCUGUUCACUCUCCUCAGUAACUUUAAUCGGUGUGUGUGAGACAUAAAUGUCAAUGGCCUUUUCAUUGAGUGUCAUUGAGUGAAAGCAUAAACCCAAGGAACUCUUUAUAUAAAGUGUUUAAUCAGUAUUUGAUAGAUGUAUGGGGUAAGGAAAAAAAUGGGAUUUUAGUCAGAUGAUGUUGACCAGCCUUAGGUAGAUUAGAAUUUUGAGCAUCUGUGUCCUGACUUUAUCAAAGGUAACUUAUUUAUUCGUAUUGAUUUUUCUAUUAUAUGAGGCAGGGAAAGGAUUGGGGGAAACUCUAAAUCUUGUAUGGCACUCUAAAGUGCAAGGAGUUAGUGUACUAGACUAUGGGAAUAUUAGUCUUUAGAAUAUUAGAAUAUUAUAUAUAGGAAUUAUUAGACUCCUACCCUCAAAUGUGAAAAUUGUUGUUUAUAACUAGUAAAACAAGAGGUAAUGCCAAGAAUCUGAUAUAACAGUAUGGGAAAACAAAUAAUACAGUUGUGUACUUGGUCCACAAAUGAAGUUUCUGCUCAUAUGGAAAGCUUAUAAAAGAAAGACCAGAAAAUAAUUUGGAGCAUAGAAAAUGAGAUAGGGCUGUGGGAAAUUCAAUUUUAAAAGAUGAUAAUCUGGAGCAGCUAGGUGGCUCAGUGUAUAGAAAGCCAGGCCAGGAAACCGGAGGUCCUAGGUUCAGAGCUGGCCUCAGAUACUUCCUAGCUGUGUAACUCUGGGCAAAUCACUUAACCCCCAGUGCCUAGUCCUUACUGCUCUUCUGCCUUGGAACCAAUACAGAAUAUUAAUUCUAAAGCAGAAGAUAAGGGUUUAAAAAGAAAAAAAUAUCAGUUUUAAAUGAGAUACUCUUGUCCCCUGUAAAUCCUAGAUCAGCAUUUUGAUCUAACUAUAUGAUUCUUCUCUGCCCCAGCUCUAAAAUACUUCAAGGCUGAACACACAGCCAUACUUUAUACCUUACAAAUUUAAGAGCAAACAUCAGUGUCAAACAUUCUACUUCCUUUUGUGUACUCUUCUGGAACAUGAUGAUAUUCCAGCCAUCAGUCAGAACUUUUUACUGGACUUUAAAAGCAGUUGUUUUUUUCAGAGUUUCAUAAGAGAUAUAUAGUUGCUGCCUCUUCAAUAUGGUAAUACCUUCUUCCCUUGCUCCUACUUAUCACUUUUAAAAAGCCUCUCACAAGGGACAGCAGAGUGGCUCAGUGGAUUGAGAGCCGGGCCUAGAGACAUGUGGUCCUGGGUUCAAGUACAACCUCAAACACUUCCUAACUGUAUGAUCUGGGCAAAUCACUUAACCCCCAUUGCCUAGGCCUUACUACUCUUCUGCCUUAAAGAAUAAUAAUAUAGGUGGUCUAGCAUAAAUAAUGGGCAGCUAGACGGCACAGUGGAUAGAGUGCCAGGCCCAGAGUCUGGAAAACCUGAGUUCAAAUCAGACCUUAACACACUAGCUUGUCCAGAUUCUGGACAAAUCAUUUGCCCUUCUUGUCCAAUCACUUAACAAUACUUGCUGGCCUUAGUUUCAGCAUCUGUAAAAUGAGCUAUAGAAGGAAAUGGCAAACCAUUCCAGUAUCUUUGCCAAGAAAAUCUCAAAUUACAUCAUGAAGUCAGAUACAACUAAAACUACUGAACAACAAUAACAAGCAUGAAGCUAUUUGGUGGAUCACCUGACAUACAUUCCUGCUUAUUAGAAUGUAAUUAUGGAAAAGGUUUGGGGGAAAAAAAAACUUUUAAACUUAAAAGUACUCAAUAUUAGUUCAGCCUUUCUUUUCGACAAUUUUUUCUCAAGUUGAAAAAUCACCAAUUUAAACAUUACUGCAUGUGUGGGCGCACACACACAUACACACAUUGUCUUUUCUUAAUAUGCAAAUACGCUAUUGUCAGUUGGCCCUUACAGAUAGCACUUCUGUCUAUAUGAGUAUAGAAUUAAUGGAAAUCUUUAAGGAUUAUACGAUGAAAUUAUUUGGUUAGCUAGUGCUUUUAGUUAUGACUUGAAAGAAAAGGUUAUUGUGAGCAUGGAAUAAGAUGGAGUUUUGGUCAAAAACAAUGGAUGCCUUGGGUGUUUACUGGGAACACUUAAGACAAUUUUAAAAUCUAUCCCAUUACCAUAAAAAUGUAUUACAAGGAAGACAUAUAAUUUAUUAAAGAUGUUCAAACCCAGUUAUUUAAAAACAAAACCUACAAAAUUCUAUCACAAAGAAAUUGGAAUUUUGUAGCAACACUUUUUAAUAUUUAUUGUCUACAGGGCAUUUUAUAAAGUAGAAUUUAAUACUUUAGUCUCUUAGUACUGGUUAACAAAGGGGCACUCCCUCAACUAUGCUAAUGGGAGCUAGAACGAGUUAAAAAGUUUAAAAAUUUCAUAUUCCAGGGCUGCUUUUUCAUUUGUUCAUCUGUGUAUCCACCUAAAAGCCAAGGGUCCCUGUCACUGGCAUGUCACCUGCCACUACCACUCCUGCCUAGGUCAAUCAAUGAGAAACUUCUCUAGUGCUACAUUUGGGGACUAUUCUCAGCCAGGGCCAAUUUGGAAAAGGGAGGAGCAGGUCAUUCUACAGUUUCCACCCAAACAGAAUAAAAGGGUGUGCUUGGUAAUUGGGACCUCACUUCAUUCUGUUAAGACCUUUGGACCAUGUUAUUAUGUUAGAAGGCAGCAGAACACUGGAACACCUUGUUAAACUCAUCCCAGGCUUCUUCCAUCAUGAAAAAUACAACUAUAAAAUGGUUUCACAAUAGAACCUUCCUUGGGGUUUGUUACUGCUUUGCUUAUAGUCAUGUAACCUGCCCAAAGAAAACAAUCACUACUGAUUUUCUUCCCUCCAUCAUAUCCUCAGAAAUGAGCCCAUAGAGAUUUGGUCCAGAAGAUGACUGAUUUUUAAGUGAAAAAAUAUAUCUGACUAAGAUCUUUGAUAAUGUGAAAACUAAAUAUGCUUCCUCUUUGGGGUGUGGGAGAAAAGGGGGAUAGGGUUUGAAAACAUAAUACUUCAAAAUCAUUCAUUUUUAGUGAUGGAAAAGGGGAUUUUUCACUAAGUCAUAUCACAUAAGAAAAUAUUCUGUUUUGCUACAAAGAGAAGCACUUUUUCUUCAACCUACUCCUAAUUGUUUUUCUUUGUUACCCUGGUAGGGGGUUAGGGAAAAAAGAAGUGGAAAUGACUGAAGUAUAAAAAAUGAGGCAUCAAAAACUUCUUAGAUAAGUUUUGAGGGGAGAGGAUACACUUUUUUAAACCCUUACCUUCCAUCUUAGAAUCAAUACUAUAUAUUGGUUCUAAGGCAGAAGAGCAGGAAGAGCUAGGCAAUGGAGUUUACUUGCUUGAGUAACAAAUCUGAGGCCACAUUUGAAUCCAGGACCUCCCAUCUCUAGGCCUGGCUCUCAAUCCACUGAGCCAUCCCCCUGUCCCCAAGAGGGUAUGCUUGUUGAAAAAACUGAUCUGAAACUGAACCAACUACAGCAUCAUUAUCUUUUUCCUUUGACCCUUGCAAUUCUUCAGCCACAGAAGCUCAUCCUCCUGCAAAUGAGGGAUUUAGCUCGAAGUAACAGAAGAUACAGGGCAAAUGAUGAGACCAAGGUUAAUUGGAGAAACUGUAACUCUUGUCAGGUUCCCAUGCUGUCUUCAGGUCUUUAAAAUAAAAAUUGAAAUUCAUCAGGGAAACUAACAGUCUUUAGAGGAUGUCAGGAAAAUGUACAUUUUCUUCUUCAGGGUCAACAGUAUCCUCUGUACUCUCCUAUAUGGUUGGGUGGGAAUAAAUUUACUUUGGGGCACUUUCCUCUGAAGCUGGAGAUCUCAUUGAAGCAAGGAGCUAAGUAAGUGAUUACAGAAUAUCUAAUUAUAUCCAGUAUAUAAUAGGUAAUCAGCUCAAGGCUAAUUUUUCACCUAUGAGAUUAAUCAGUUUCCCCAAAUCACUCCAGUUUCUCUCUAAUGCUUUCCUUGUGAACAACUACCAGCUACCAAGGCCUAUGGGAUUUGCUGUGUGCUUCUCCACAAUUCAAUGUUUUCCAUCAGAAAAUUUCUUGGAUUAGGUUAUCUGUUCCCCUCCAAUAUCCUUGAGUUGGUGAGAGAAUUGAUGCAAAGUUUUAAAAAAUCUCUUGCAUUUUGAAUCUAACAUACUGCCUUCCUUCCAGUGACAUAACAAAAAGUAAACAUUUAAUUUGCCUUUAAGUAGGGGAAAGGAAAUGUUAUGCAUUAUGUUGAGAUAAAGGAAAUAUCCUAAGUGCAAAAUACAAUCUAUAAAAAUUAGGGGUUAACAGUCUCACCCUGCCUGGGCCCCACCCUGGAAUGAGUAACUUGCUGGCCCUGCCCUGAGUGAGUGGGCCUCUUGUUGCCCACAUGUAAUGGGGACUCAGCCCGAACUGGUAAUGGGCUCAGUUUCCACAUUGCCACCUGAUCACCAUGUCCACUAUUGUGAGCUGCCCAAUUCCUGGGGACUGGGGCCAGCUGCCAGAGUGCUAUAGCACCACACCCAGCAGCACGCUGUAACCCACCACCCCGGGAGGAACUAGAAUCAUCUAUGAUCAAAAAUUCCUGCUAGAAUAUAAGAACUCAACCAUUGCCGGGACACCACCCUGCUACCUCCCCCACAUCCCUAGGGUCACUGUCCCACCACAGGCCCCACUGGCCAAACUGGAGGAAUUAAAGGAGCAGAAAGAAAAUGAUGAGACCCCAGGUAAGGAGGCUUUACAGGGAAUGUUAAAGCCUUAUCCAUUGGUAACUUUGUUUCAGAGGGAAAGAAUAAAACUAUUAAAACUUCACCCUGAACUGUAUACUCUUGCUUUUAGCUUUGUAGUUUAAGGUAGGAUUCAGAAGCAAAUAGAAAAAGUUGGUAUAAGGCAUUUAAGGAAUUGUUCUGACCUACAGGGAGAGUGGGGAACAAUCCUGCCCCCAGGAGUAGCUACGCUAAUUCUAAGGGUGUUAGAUUCUAAUUCCAAA